UUCUCCUUUCUCUCUCUCUGCUUUACUUUUAAUCUUUAAUUGCUGCUUAUUCAAUACAUUUUUUCCCCUUGCUUUCCCUUUACUGUUUCUUUCUCUCUCUCGGUUUCCUCCAUUGCAAACCAAGCUUCCUUUCCAGCUUGCUCUGGUCCCGAUCUUUUCUUCCUCAAGCACAGCACCCACCAACCAUUUCACCCGUCUUUUUCUCUUUUCUAUCCUGUGAAAUCUAGCGAUUUUUAGUCCCUCUGAAGUUUUCGAUGGAAAUAAGAGUUUUGUCUGGCUCUCAUUACUCUCCGUUAUUUUAAUAUCCCACUUGAGUCCAUAGUCCCGCUUGUAGUAUCUGAGUUUUAUAUUGUGCUUACAACGGAAUCUAUCUAUGCUCAUUGAGUUUCUAUUGGUUGAAAGAGAAGGCCAGCUCUCGCUUCCUCGGUUGCUGGUGGUAGAAGAAGAUCAGGGAGGCGAGUUUAGAUACUACAGAAGGUGGGAAUGCAUUAAUUCUGCCAGUGGAAGUAUUUUGUGGGCGAAAUUAGUUGACCAGAUAGCAUUUAAUUAUGUCGACCAAUAGUUCUUUGAAUGUGCAGCUGUCUAAGAAGACGACAUUUUUGGGUUUGAAACUAUGGGUCUUAAUUGGGAUUGUUGUGUGUGCAUUUAUAGUCCUGAUUCUUUGUAUGUUAUCUGUAUGGGCGAUGUUUUGGAGAAAGUCAAAGAGACCGCUGAACAAAUACACUGCAUCACAAAUACCAAAUGUGUCGAAAGAGAUCAAGGUCGAUAAGGUUGGAGUGCAGAGUUCUUAUAGCCACCCAGAAAGUGUAUAUGUUCCCUUUCAUGAGAAGGCUAGUGAUAAGAAUCCAGAUAAGGCUUUAGUACGGUCAGGCAUGAGCAAAUCCAGUGAUCCGGACAAUGUGAGUCAGUGCAGUUCAAUGUAUCAUCACGAGAGAAGAGGUAGUUCGAUGUCAGGUGAGGAUGGGAGCUCUGGGACAUUCAAGAAGCAAUCUGCAUUAUCAUAUGGUGGAAUGGUGCCUGCCUCUCCUUUAAUUGGUUUGCCAGAAUUCUCUCAUCUUGGGUGGGGCCACUGGUUUACGCUUAGGGAUCUUGAACUUGCAACAAAUCGAUUCUCAGCAGAGAAUGUGAUUGGUGAGGGUGGAUAUGGGGUUGUUUACAGGGGAAUGUUGAUCAAUGGAACCGAGGUGGCAGUGAAGAAAAUUCUUAAUAACUUGGGACAAGCAGAGAAAGAGUUUAGGGUUGAAGUGGAGGCUAUAGGCCAUGUUCGACAUAAGAAUCUUGUACGCCUGCUUGGAUAUUGCAUUGAAGGAGUUCACAGGAUGCUUGUGUAUGAGUAUGUGAAUAACGGUAACUUAGAGCAAUGGUUACAUGGGGCCAUGCGCCAACAUGGGACAUUUACCUGGGAUGCCCGCAUGAAAGUUAUAACUGGCACAGCCAAAGCGCUUUCAUACUUACAUGAAGCAAUAGAACCGAAAGUUGUUCAUCGUGACAUAAAGUCUAGCAACAUAUUAAUUGAUGAUGAGUUCAAUGCAAAGGUUUCUGACUUCGGUUUGGCCAAACUUUUGGAUUCAGGAGAAAGUCACAUCACAACUAGAGUCAUGGGAACAUUUGGUUAUGUGGCACCAGAGUAUGCUAAUACUGGUUUGUUAAAUGAGAAGAGCGAUGUUUACAGCUUCGGUGUUUUACUUCUCGAAGCGGUUACUGGAAGGGACCCUGUAGACUAUGCCCGUCCUGCUAAUGAGGUUAAUCUUGUUGAAUGGCUCAAGCUUAUGGUCGGUGCCAGGAGAGCCGAGGAAGUCAUAGACCCAUGCCUCGAAGUCAAACCAUCAACACGGGAAUUAAAACGUGCCCUUCUGGUUGCACUUAGGUGUCUUGAUCCUGCUGCAGAAAAGAGGCCCAAAAUGAGUCAGGUUGUGAGGAUGCUUGAAGCUGAUGAAAAUCCAUUCCGAGAGGAUCGAAGGAACCGAAAGGGCCACACUGCCAGCAUGGAAAUUGAAACCACAAAGGAUCUUGCUGGUGGACGCAAUGCUGAGAAAUCUGGGGAUUCUGAAAGCCAUAAGCCAGAGGCAACUCAGAGAGUAUGAUCGACAAUGACUUGGCCUAGGCAUGCAAUUGUCUUUGCAUCGAUUCCAUACACAUCCAAGUUUGUCUUUUUUGAGAAGUGAAGUAUCUGAAUCUGAGAAGAAUCAGAUCAGAAGCAGCCCCAUUUGAUUUUUGGGUAAUUAAGGAUUAUUUAUUCAUCAGGUAAUAUGAGACACCAAAACCCACAGGGAAGAUCAGAGUCAGAUUGAGUUUAUGUUGUACAGAGAUAUAUUCAGGGCUCAUUCAUUACAUCAUUGUUGAUAUUUUGGCCCUUUGGGCUACGAGUCUGGAUCUUUUGGAGUUCUUUUUGUUAUAAGGUUCUUGCAAGGUUCUGAAGGAGAAAAGACUAGUGCGAGAAAAAGAAGAGAAAAUUUACUCUCUGCGAGAAAAUAGAGAACUCGAAGUGAUCCUUAUACUUGGGCUAUUCUUGCUAUAUUAUUUUUAGAGAGUGAACAUUGUGAACGACUGUUAUAUUUGGAUUCAUUCAUUUUCUUGCCGUUUUUACUAUUUUGUGUAAGUUUUUUAUUCAAUCAGGUUAUACCAUCCUCAUCUUUU